AUGGCACCUAAACCCCUACAACAAUCAACAACUCGUUACGAUUCUGCUACGUCGUUGCCCCUCUCGUCCUUGCCCCCUUCGGAUUCGGAGGGAGAAGAACCAGAAGGGGAUCCUAGGUUACUCGCACGAUCAAAAAACUCAGAUGCAGCUCAAGAGUGUUCAAUAGCACCUUCAAACUUUCCGAAAACCGGACGACCGACUACAAAUGGUGCCCUGCUCAAAGGGAAGAUGUUUUGUAUUGGAAACCGUGCAGGCUACGAUGCCGAUGUCUUAUUUGCUCCUUACCAUCCAAUUCAAGGAGUCUCCAAGGAAUUAUAUCGUCUAUUCUUGAGCAAACUGCCAAACUUUGGCAAGAGCAUAGGUACACGAUAUUCAACUUUCGCGGAUUAUGCAUUCCUAGAGGCUCAUAACCAACUGGUAGAUCUCGGCAUUCCACCUCUCGCUAGCAAUUCCAAGGACACACCCCCUACCAUUUUUGACUUUGCAGGGAACUUUGCCUUCACAUUCAACAACUUCUACAACAAACCCCAUACCGACAAUGAUAAGGGGAAAGUAUACUGUGUUUGGUAUCCGAUUGACUCCGUCAGUGGGAAGAUAGUAACUAUGUGUGAGGGGUUUGUGCUGGAGGGGGGUUGGUUUUUGUUUCCGGCUUAUCGGAUUGCUUUCAAUUUUGGAGCAAAGUAUGCGGCUCAGAUUGCUUGGAGUGGCAAAAGCACAUUCCAUCAAACUAUGGCUUCAAAAGAGGAAGAUACUUUAAAUAAGCAGGGUAAGAAAGUCCAUUAUACUCGUCUGGGAUGCUCAUCACAAAUCACUAUGAGUCUAGCCGUUGCUGCAGCGAAAAGAGGAACGGAUGAACAAUGGAAUGGAACCUCUAAUUGUGAACGUGAUGUAUUGGAUUGUCAGGAUCUUUUGAAGGAUUUAGAAAGAAAGUGGAAGGAGUAA